AUGGGCUGCCUCAUGGGAAAGGAGGAGAUGGCUGGCCAGCCGAUGCCUUAUGCCCCGAACUAUAACUACCGGAACCAAGCGUACGGUGGCUAUCAGCAAGUCUAUGAGCAGCAGUACGCCCCGGGACAGGUUUGCCAGCCUAACAGAUACGAGAAUGCUCCGGGACAGCCCUUUUGCCAGGAUCAUUUCGGCUACAACCAACCGUCGCCGGGCUUUUACGGCGACUGCCGCCCCACGGUCCCGGAGCCUGUGCAGUGCCGGCCGCUGACGGGAUACGCUGAUCCUUAUGCCCAGCCUGGAUACACCCAGCCUGGCUACAGCCAGAUGGACUAUGGCGCACCCACCAACGGUCAAGAUGUGCCAUAUCAGCAGCGUCAAGGAAUGAGCUCAG